GGACGAUGCGGGGCGCCUAGGAUGCUGCUGCUGCGGCUGCUGCUGCUGCUGCCGCUGCUCUGCCUGCGCCUGGGCCGGGGUGCACACAGGACGGAACUGCCCAGCCCUUCUUCAGUGUGGUUCGAAGCACUGUUCUUCAAACAUGUCCUCCACUGGACACCCAUCCCAAAUCAGUCCCCAAAUACCUCCUAUGAAGUGAUGCUGCAGAGGUAUGGAGACAGGCAUUGGAACCUUCUCCCCAACUGUACAAAGGUCCUGGCUCUGUCCUGUGACAUCACCAUGGCCACCCUGGACCUGUAUCACAACAAUGGUUACAGGGCCAAAGUCCGAGCCGUGGACGGCCACCAGCUCUCCAAUUGGACCCCAGCUAGCCCCCGCUUCACCAUGGAUGAAGUGGUUCUCACGGUUGGUAGUGUGAAACUGGAACUGGACAAUGGCCUCAUCCAUGGGACAAUCCAGCCCUUCCGGCCCCCGAGGGCUCCCGCGGGCGACAAGUACGAAAGCAUCUUCAGACACUUCCGCAAGUACCUGAUUGCUAUCCGCAAGCCGCCGGGAAACUACUCGAUGGUGGUAGACAGUGAGCACUUCAGCCUCCUGGCAGGAGAGGUGGGAACGCUGUGUGUCAAGGUCAAGCCCUUCAUCGACUCCCGGACCAACAAGGGCAACUGGUCAGAAGAGCAGUGUAUCACCCUCAGCAAGCAGUAUUUCACCGUGACCAACGUGAGCCUGUUCUUCACCUGCGUCCUGCUGCUCUGCGCAGGCCUGGGCUACUGCCUGCUCCUCCAGCUGUACGUGCGGCGCCGGGGCAAGCUGCCCUCCACCCUGGUCUUCAAGCAGCCCAGCCCCUUUGUCUUCUCCAGCCAGCUCCCCUGCUCAGAGCCGUGGGACACCAUCCACCCGCUGGAUGAAGAGGCCUUCCCGGAGCUCAAGGCCUCAGGCUUGCACAACAGCACAGAUGGUGGCUUUGACAGUAACGAGCCGUCCCUGCAGCUGGAAGAGUCCCCGUUCCUCCUUGGCCCUGACUCGCAGACCCACGAGACUCUGGGAGGCGUGGGGCCCUCCGCGCUGCAGGACAGCUGUAGCAACGGCAGCACGGACAGUGGGAUUUGCCUGCAGGGGUCGGGCCUGCUCCCCGGCCCCGGGCCCGCCUGGGAGCCGCAGGAUGAGAACGCAGGCCCUGGCCAGGAUGACAGCGGUGUCAGCCUCGUCGGGAGCUCGGGAGACUCUGGGGAUGCCCAACCGGGCUCAGCCUUGGGCCAGAUCCCUCUCCUGGGGCCUGAGGUCCCAAGGGAAGAGGACUCGGCUGUGGUGGCCUUUCAGGGCUACCUGAGACAGACCAGACGUGUGGCCCAGCCGGGAACCAAGGAGGGCUGCCUGGAGAAAGAGACCUUCUUGACGGAUGGCCUCAGCCCCAAAUUCACGGAGGCAGGCUGGGCCCUGCCUGCGCCCGCCAAGGGCUACGUGAAACAGGAUUCUCUCAGAACGUCGGGGGCUCCCCUGGACGCCCCAGCCGGACAGUGGAAGCAGCUGGUGGAGGAGUGGCCCCUCCUGGCCUUUGCCAGCUGUGGGGACCUGGGAACGCCUGGCUGGAGCUUGACCCAGGACCUUGCCUCUUUAGACUGUAAGGCAGCCCGGGGCGGCCUCCUGAGCAGCUUUGACUCCGAAUUGGCCCUGCCCCUGAUCUCCAGCCUGCACUCCCAAGAGCCACUGGGGCAGAAGGAGGCUUAGAUGCCAACCCCGGGCUCCACUGUGCACUCUGGUACAAGCCACGGGGUCCAGAAGGGCAGGAGGAGGCCAUCCUGGUGGAUACGUCCUGGAUGGCUGUGCUGCCCAGCAGGGCCCUGCAAAGGGAAGUCAGCCCUUCCUCUGAGCUUUCCUGUACCGUAACCAAUUCUAGGCUCUGCCUGGGAACCACGGGGGCUUCUGGAGCUGGGGAGCGGCCAGGCUGAAGUUGCCUGGCGCAGGCACCUCCACAGGCCAGCCCGGUUUCAAGCCCCUGGCAGGAUGGAGUUCAGAGAUCUCACGAUGGGGUUGUCUCUAGUAGGAAAGGAGGGCUCAGAGGCCAGGUUGGAACUCUGGGGUGGUAACAUGGAGAUUACACGCCCACUCACUCGGGCAGCAAGCUUGUCACCGGAAGAUGCUACACUUAUCACUGGAAGAUGACCUUACGCUUGUCAUGGGAGGAUCUUAAGCUCUAUCUGCCCUGGGCAGUCAGCCAAUCCACCCAUCGGUCCACCGAAGGAUUUUGGCUCAGAACUGGUGCCUCUUGCCCUGCGAUUGACCAAUGACCACAGUCAUUUCCAGCGGCCCGGUCGCUCACAGUUCACCCCACCACCCACCCGCUUGCUGGUGGCACCUGAGACACUGUGGAUGUCUAUAUGGAUCUGAGCUUGGCACUUCAGGCAGCCUCUGGGCUUGAGCCUGCAGGGCUCAGCUGGGCCCCAGAGAGUCAGGGUUUGGCCCUGUAUCUGUAUUCACUGCUAAUGUCCAGCUCUGGGCCCAGAGGACCAGGCCCUGGGCUCAGUGUCCAGCUGUGUGACCGUGGCCACUCACUUCUCAGAAGGAUUCAGUUUCCCCAUCAGUGAGAUGAGCUCACCUUUAUGUCAGCUACACUGGCCCCCAGGGCCAAGGAGAAUGAUAUUUGAGAGUCUGGCCUGCCAGAGCCCACACUGGGAGGAAGAGGGCUCUGCCCCUGUCUGUUCAGGGCGACUUCCUCCUUGUGUUGAAGGCCGUACCGGGAGAGUGGCCAGCCACGGGGGCCCAGCAGGGGCAGGGGUGGACCUUGCUUCCCCCAGCCUUGUUUGGAAUCUAUCUUCACAUAAAGGCAGCUCUCCGAUGCUGGGAAGCGCCAUGCCCAUCUCCCCCCACCCCCCAACUUCACUGCACAGACCUUAGGGUCCCAGACACAAGCCCUGCCACUCUGCCAGGAAGCUCAGAGGCGUGGGGGAGGACUCUGGGGAAACUUUAUUUAUUUACUUCAUUUAUUUAUUGAAGGGGCCGGAGAGCCAGGCAAGGACUCCAGGCUCUCUUCGAAGGUUCUGGCUCUUUUGUACUCUUCCUAGUUGUACAGCCUGGGGUUGAUCAUUUUUCCUGUUUGAGUCUCAGUUUCCAGAUACAUGUGUUAAGAAAAGAAUGUGUGAGUUAUCUUAAGUCCUAGGACCAUGGGCUCAUGUUCCUUGAGCAAACGAAUGUCAGUGUGCUUUGAACACAUUGUGAAUGAGUACUGUGUGUGUGUCUGUCUGUCUGUCUGUCUGUGUAUGUGUGUGUGGUUUUUUUUUUUAAUUCCAAUAAAUUGUCUGGAAUCCU